AGCUUCGUACCUUCGACACGUCCUCCAAAGUCUCCCCACCGCCUACGCUUUAAAGAAUGGCGGAAGUGAACCCCAAGGCGUACCCGCUCGCGGACGCGCAGCUCACGAUCACGAUCCUGGACAUCGUCCAGCAGGCGGCGAACUACAAGCAGCUCAAGAAGGGCGCGAACGAGGCGACGAAGACGCUGAACCGCGGCAUCUCCGAGUUUGUCGUCCUCGCCGCCGACACCGAGCCGCUGGAGAUUUUACUCCACCUCCCGCUCCUCGCCGAGGAUAAGAACGUGCCGUACGUGUUCGUGCCGUCCAAGCAGGCGCUCGGUCGCGCGUGCGGGGUGUCGCGGCCCGUGAUCUCGUGCAGCGUCACCACGAACGAGGGGUCGCAGCUCAAGUCGCAGAUCAACAACCUCAAGGACGCCAUCGAGAAGCUUCUCAUUUGAUUAAAUCUCAACGAUCGAACGAGACGAGACGCUCACGUCCGAGGAGGAGGAAGAGGCGAAAGAAGACGGGCCGCCUGCUCGGCGCCCGUCUCGCCCGCCGCUAGCACGCGCGAGCUCGAAGCACUUGUAAUACUCACAUAGCGCAGCUGAUGAGAGCUCUGUU